AUGUUUAAUUUUCUGGCUUCAUUAAAUUCUAAAUCUAAUGACAAUCCAAAUAGUUAUGAAAGAGUAUCUUAAAGUAUAAACACUGGUUUAUGGAUAGAGCACUUUAAAAUUAAGUCAAUAAAUGAUUUUAGUUUAAUUGCUUUAUAAUAGAUAUGUAUAUUAUAUCAAUAUAUUUAGAGAAUGAAGAACUUGUAACAGGACUAUAUAAAAUAACAUAUCAUUUUGAUUUAGAUAAACUCAUAUACUAAAAAUUUUGUAAAUAUUUAGGAAAAAAACAAUAUUGUAAAAUCUCUAAGAAAUUAGAAGAUUUUUUCUUAAUAAUUAAUUCAAAUUCAAGUUUAAUUCAUUAUAAUAUUCUUAAUAAUAAAGAAGAUGAGAUAAAAGCUAAAGAAGACUAUAAAAUUUAAGGAUUAAAAUUAACAAAUAAUUAGUCUAUGAUUGUAUUAUAUUUAAGAAGCAAAUAAUAAAAUAAUAUUGAAAUACAAUUAAGAAGUAUCUUCAAUUCAACAGUAUUAUUAUAAGUUUUUAAUUUAUGCUCUAAUUGGAACUUAGAAUAUCUAUCUGUUUAAAGGAUAGAUUAAAAUAAUAUGAUUGGAGUAAUAAUGGAGUAAGAUUAGAUGGAGGAUUAUUAAAUUUAUAUCAAAAGAAUAAUAAAUAAAAAGAUAGUAAAAAUUUAGAUAAUUAAUACAUUUAGUAAUCAUUUUGUUGAUAGUAAAAUUUAUACUUUACAAGGCAUAGAUUGUAAUUUCUAACAAAAUGAAUAUUCUAAAGGAUUUAAAUUAUAAACUAUAAAGCAUCAAAAAAUAUUAAGAUAAUUGUGUAUAAGAAGAUUUGAAUUUUAUAAAGUUAUUGAUAAGAAAAUAAUAUUAAUAUGUGAAAGUAUUGGCUUUGGUAGAUUUAGAAUAUUUCGAUAUGAUAUAAAAACAGGAAAUUAAAUUGAUUUAAAGGAAAGUGAUGAUAUUAUUGGAAAUAUCUAAAAGUUAAAGUUGGAAAUGAAUAAACUUUAUUUAUGUAAAUAUAGAUGGUAAUUGAAAAAAUAAGAAUAAGAUACAAUGUUUAAUUUAAAGAUAGGUUGA